AUGCCAUCCGCACCUCAACAGCCAGACUCCGCACAAGCCGUCCUCGAGCAAUCCCCCGCCCGCCCCUUCGGCACAUCGCACAAACAAGGCGCCGGGCACUUCAGCGAAUGGAGCCGCGCGACCAAGAAAGAAUUCCUCAUCGACUGGCAAGCGGGCCGCGCCUCGGAGUGGAUCCUCGUGCAAGGCAACGAGGGAGGAGACCUGGAUAGCAUGACAUCUGCACUGACCUGGGCAUACCAUCUGGAGCAUUCGACGGAGAACUCGUCCCAGCCCGUCAAGGCGAUUGCGUUGUUGCAGACGCCGACGGAUGCAUUGGAUCUGCGGCCCGAGAAUAAGUUGGCGUUGAAGAAGUCGAAGAUGACACCGGGGCAUGAGGAUUUGCUGACCAUGGAUGAGUUGCCUGAGGAUCCCGAGACGUUGAGUCCGAAGUUGAGGGGGAUUGUGCUGGUGGAUCAUGCGGUGCCGUUGCGGAAGUGGAGGAAUGCGAGGAUUUUGUCUAUCUUUGAUCACCACGUUGAUAAGGGAGCCGGACCCAACGCCGAUCCCAGGGUGUUCGAGAAGGCCGCUAGCUGCUCUUCACUUGUUGCUCGCCAGAUGCUCGACGAGCUGGAGAAGCUGGACCAAGAGUACCACAUGCCUCACGAGCUUCUGGAGCUCAUCUUGAGAGCCAUUGCCAUUGACUCUGGAGGUCUGAAGAACGACGUCACCACGGAUACCGAUAUCGAGACGGCCAAGCGUGUGCUGAAGCGAAGCAACUGGCGCGACUCACGCCUGAAAGAUGUGAUGAAGGAUCUGGACGACGAGCUCAGCGCUGCCAAGUCCCAUCUCGAUCAUCUGAGUGUUCGAGAUCUCUUGCGCCGGGACUGGAAAGGUGACCUGGUCGACACGCCGUCCCCCCGCACCCCCACGGUCAGCUUGGGAUUUGCCUCGAUCCCGUACUCUCUGGAUGAACAGAUUGAGAAGACUGAAUUCCACGAGCUUUUCGAUUGGUUCGCCAUCCACGCAGCUUGGACCGCUGCGGUAGGCGUGGACAUCAGUGUCUGUCUGAACAAGUACAAGAUCCGCGACGAGAGCGGCAAAAAGAAGAAGAUGAGAGAGAUUGUGCUGGUGGUGCGCGACGACGUGCGCAUCAACGAGGAUCAGGCGAAUUCCCUUUUCCGUACGGUGAAGAAGGCGCUCGAGGACAACAAGGAGCUCGGUCUCAAGCCGUGGCACAGAGCAAACGAGCUUGCGCCCAGGCAGAUGGUCUGGACACACGAGUCUGGGGCUGGGAGGAAAGUCAUUCGACCUAUUGUCGAAGAGGCGGUCAUGGCGUGGGAUUAG